AAACAGGGUGUAGUUGCUCUGGACACUUUUCCUGCUGACCCUAUGGAUUUCCCUUCAAAGAUCUAGACAACCGUUUACACUACAACAGCAUUCAGGUAAUCAGAAAGAUCAGACUGAGAACGAAAAAAAAAAUGAGCAACAACAAGAAAUUAUUGAUAAUCGGAGGCACUGGUUACUUGGGUCAGCAUCUAUUACAAUCCUUUUCAGAAUCCCAGAAAUCAAUCGAUCUAUCAAUAGCGUUCACACAUCAGUCGUCUUCUCCGCCUAACCUCUUACUUCAAUCCCUUCCUCAUGCUACCCCCUUUCAAGUUGACUUACAAACGGGUCAGGGGUUUGACUCCAUCUCUCACACAUUUGGCCAGCCUGAUGUUGUAGUCAAUUGUGCUGCAAUUUCUAUACCUCGUGCUUGUGAGACAAAUCCUACACUUGCCAUGUCCGUUAAUAUUCCUUCCUCACUUGUAAAAUGGUUAUCAAGUUUCACUGAAAGCAAUACUCUUCUCAUUCAUCUAUCCACCGAUCAAGUUUAUGAAGGGACAAAGUCUUUUUAUAAAGAAGACAAUGAGACACUUCCAGUGAAUGUAUAUGGGAAGUCGAAAGUGGAAGCUGAAGAAUAUAUUAUUGCAAAAUGUUCAAACUUUGUGAUUUUAAGAAGCAGCAUUAUUUUUGGACCACAAACUAUCUCACCUGUCUCAAAAUCACUUCCAGUUCAGUGGAUGGAUAGUGUUCUUGGCAAAGGGCAAGAAACAGACUUCUUUCAUGAUGAAUUUCGUUGCCCGGUUUAUGUGAAGGAUGUUGUAAAUAUUAUACAAAUAUUAACCAACAAAUGGAUUUCAGAUGGAAAGAAAAUGGGAUUGCUUCUAAAUGUUGGUGGGCCCGAUAGGUUAUCUCGGGUUCAAAUGGCUGAGACUGUGGCUCAUGUUAGAGGCUACAACACCUCAUUGAUCAAACAUGUGUCCACGUCAUCGAUUGAUCGUGGAGUGAAGUCACCAAGUGACAUAUCCAUGGAUAUAAGCAAGCUAAUUCAAACAUUAGAUUUUAGACCAAUGUCUUUUCAAGAUGGUGUCAAGUUGACAAUUGAAUCAAUGAAUCCAUGACAUAAAGUUGUUGGUUUUAUAGACUCUACAUGGAAAAAAAAAUAGUAUUAUGUUGUUGAAGUAGUGUAUGAAAUGUUGUAUAUUAAAACUAGUGAAAGACAUUGUAACAUGACUAGUGAAAGAUGUGUAAUAGGAGAUAAUAUAUUACAUUGGACUGGCAUUGGUAAGCGAAAAUUACAAUUUUUUAUCACAUCCAAAAGGGUGGGAAAAUAUUUCGGUAUUGAUAUAUUGUUUGAGUAAAA